AUGUCAGGAAUCGAAGAUCUCGUUGCAGGGGCUGCCCUCGGAGUUGCAUUUCAACUGCUAUGUGGUUUAAUUAAAGACACCAAGGCUAAGUCCAAGAAAUUCAAACCCAUUCUAGAAAGACUGGAAAGCACUCUCAAAUUACUAACUCCUAAGAUCAUUGAACUGGAGAAGUUUAAUAAAGAGCUUAUGGACAACUCAAGAGAGGAGAUUCAUUUAUUACUUGGGACAUUGAAGAAAGCAAGACAACUUGUUUUUACUUGCUCAGACAUCCCACGGUGGAACAAGGUGAAGAAGUGCAGGUACGCAAAAAGGCUUAAUCAACUGGAUUCAUCUCUAUAUAAGCUUUUAAAUGUUGAGUUCCAGGCUGCACAAUCGCUUGAUAUCUUGAGAAUCUUAGCUGAGGUUACUGAAACGAACCAGAAAUUGGAUCGAAUGAACCUGCAUGACAAGAAUAAUUACGCACCAUCAAAAGUAAAAUCAUCCAAUUACACAGCUGGGAUGCCAAGAGAGGACACAGAGGAGUACUCAUCGGACUCAAGUGAGAACUCAAGUGAGGGUAAACCACAACCAAAGUUCGAACUAAAAUACAAAAGUCAGAAGAAAAGAAGUAAAAGGUGUGUUAGAAUUCGCAUUAGGUGAUCACAGAAUCAAACAUGUCUAAGAAAAUGCAUUUAAUUUUCUUUUUAUUUUGUUUCUCAAAUAUCAAUGUAUUUAG